AUGAACGACGACUUCCGCCGGGCGCCCCCCGGCUGCCUGCCGCUGGGCAUCGGGCCGCCCGCCCGGCCCGCGCCCCCGGCCCGCGCCGAGCCCCUGGGCGCCGUGCCCUUCCUGCUGUACCCGGGCGCCGCCGGGCCGCGCUACUGCGAGGCGUACGCGGCCGCCUUCCCGGGCGCGCCCUUCCCCGGCGCCCUGGGCGCCUGCGACUACCCCUUCGAGCCCGCCUUCAUCCAGAAGCGCAACGAGCGCGAGCGCCAGCGCGUCCGCUGCGUCAACGAGGGCUACGCGCGCCUCCGCGGCCACCUGCCCGGCGGCCUGGCCGAGAAGCGGCUCAGCAAGGUGGAGACCCUGCGCGCCGCCAUCCGCUACAUCAAGCACCUGCAGGAGCUGCUGAGCGCCGCCCCCGACGGCCCCGGGCCCCGCGAGCCCCGGGCGCCCGACUCCUCCGCGCCGCCCUGCUGCUCCGCCUCGCCCUUCUUCCAGGCGGAGGAAGGGCCACGGGAGAGGCGGCAGCGGCGGGCGGGCGGCGGCGAGGGCGCGCGCCCCAUCCGGGCCGGCAGCCCCGGGCUCGGGCUCCGGCUCGCUCAGAGCCGCGCCGGGGCGGGUGCCAGCCCGGGUCCCGCCGUGGGCCCCGGCCGUGGCGGUCCUGCCGCGUCCUCCGAGGCCGGGCGCAGCCCAGGAGGGGAGCCCGCAGGCGGCUCGCGCUCAGCCCAGGAGGCGGCCGCGUGCGCGCGCGCUGGUGGUUUGGGGGCAGCUCUCUGGCUUCCUCAACGGAAGAGCUACCCCACCCCCACCUCCCAGUGA